AUUGACGUAGAAUUGAAAGCGCUCCGUCCUUAUAAUAUGUGUAUAUAUGCAGCGAGCGUUUAUGCUCCUGUAGGCUGUGGGGCCGUCUUCGAUGUGGAAGAAAAUUGGAGUAGCUCACCGGAAAGACAAGAUCGUAGUACGAGGUCACGGUAGAUCAAACACGCACCUUUAAGCUUCUUCCGCCACCACUACCAACACCACCACCAAAAUGCCCGUCACGUCCCCAACACUCGUUCCCCGUCCUCCACUCCUCCCCCUCGUCCUUCCCCGCGCCCCCCUCGUCCUCCCAACCCCACUCCCCAAACUCGAUCGCUACCCCGGACGCAUGGACAACCGACGCGAUCUCCAACGCGAAAUCGAAGAUCUUUCAGAUGAGGAGAAUGAGUUGGAAGAUGCUAACUUGGCGAUACGCAAUCGUGGAUUUCAGUGGCUCAUCCCUAUAGGGCGGCAUACAACACAGCUGGAAGAGAAAAACGAGGCAGAAGAUGACUCCGAAGGGUCCGACACAGGCCAAUCAAACGGCGCACCCUCCAUCAACGAAGACGGCGAAGAAAACGACGAAUCAGGACCUGAUCUAGAUGCGAGUAUGGAAGAUAUGGAUGAGGAGGUCGAGUGAUGUUUGAUUAGGAACUUGGAUGGCUCUCUCUUUUCUUCCUCACGGGGGACAGUCAGGGAAGAUGAAAUUAGGCGGUAUCGAUAAAUCUUGUUAGACUCUCUGUCCAUCUUCACAUCUUCACCUCUGCUU